AUGGACCGCAGGUUGCAAGGGGCUCUUCGGUCCCCGAGUUUGCGCCCCUGCAACGUGUCUCUCCUUGGAGACCUCCCUUUCCAGAGAGCGCGUUCCCGGGCGCUGACGCCGCGCGUCGAGGGACGCUCGGGUUCUGGAGAAACCGGUCGGGACCGACCUGUCCGGGUGUGGCGAGCCGAACCGGCAGGCAGCCCCCCGGGCGGGGGCGCCCCUUCCCAGGCACUGGGCGGCUACGCCCUGGGCCCGCGCCCCUUUGUGCGGCCGCGGACGGGCACCAUGCUGUCCACCGCGGGCAGGUAUGCGGUGAAGAAGAGGAAAAAGCCGGUGCGAAGGAGUCCUAAACCACAGCCUCCAGAGGGAGCCAAGUCCAGCCCUUCUAAACGGCACCGGGACCGCCUGAAUCAAGAGCUGAGCAAACUGACCAACUUGCUGCCCUUCCCCGAGGAUGUGCGGGCCCGCCUUGACAAACUCUCCAUCCUCAGGCUGAGUGUGGGCUAUCUAAAGGUGAAGAGCUACUUCGCAGACAACCAGCCACAUCCCCAGAACCAGCCUACCCAGGGCCACUCUGGUGGUCCUGAGCCACAGCACAGAGCCACCCUAAGGGACAGCAUUGAAGACUGCCCAGCUGACCCACCCGUGAAUCCAGGAGGAAGUGAGCAUACCUCUCCACAGGUCAAUCUACAACUGUUUCCUGAAGGGGACUUGCUUCUUCAGGCUCUCAAUGGCUUCCUCAUGGCUGUUACAGAGGAUGGCUAUGUUUUCUACGUCUCUCCCACAGUCCAGGACUACCUGGGGUUUCAUCAAUCAGAUAUCAUCUAUCAGAGUGUGUUCGAACUGAUCCACAAGGAGGACAGAGCCAUGUUCCGGAGCCAGUUUCUCUGGCCUGCAGAUGCAGCACCUGUCAGCAGAGAGGGUGAGCAGGACAUCCACCCUCUGCCAGGAGAGAAGUUUCUCUCACUUAGUGGCACCUCCACCGACAGCCUGCAGCAUCAGCCCUUGGAUGACCCCUCCUAUCUGGAAAGAAGUUUUGUUUGUCGGUUCCGCUGCCUGCUGGACAAUUCUUCCGGGUUUCUGGAGUUGAAUUUCCAUGGCCAUCUUAAGUUCCUCCCUGGACAGAACAAUAGGUCAGAAGAUGGUAUCCUCAUGUCUCCUCAGCGCACCCUGUUUGCCAUUGCAGCACCUUGCCAGCCACUCACCAUCCUGGAGCUCCAAGACAAAACAUUUCUUUUCCAAACAAAACACAAAUUGGAUUUCACACCUAUAGCCUGUGAUUCCAGAGGCAAGCUGGUCCUGGGUUACACCGACAGCGAACUCUGCAGGACGGGCUCCGGCUACCAGUUCGUCCACGCGGCCGACAUGACGCACUGCGCCGAGAACCACGUGCGGCUGAUGAGGACGGGCGAGAGCGGCCUCACGGUGUUCCGGCUGCUCACCAAGGAGGCCGGCUGGCUGUGGGUGCAGUCCAACGCCCGCCUGCUGUUCCGCGGCGGCCAGCCCGACUACAUCGUCGCCCGACAGCGGGCCCUGACGAAUGCAGAGGGGGAGGAGCACCUGCGCAAGAGGGCCCUGCAGCUGCCAUUCAUCUUCACCACAGGGGAAGCCAUCCUGUAUGACAGCAGCCCCCUGAGCCCUGUGACUGCCCCCCCAGCCAGGAAGCGGAUCAGGGCAAGGAAGGGCACCCCCACUGGUCAGGGCCCUGUGCACCCAGGCUCUCUUCUGGGAGCCAUGAUGCAGCAAGAUGAAUCCAUAUACUUGUCCUGCAUUGCCCCAACCCCACAAGGCUCACUCUUGGAGAGGUGGAGGUCCAAUGACAGUCAUGAGUGCAAGGAAGAGCAAGAGGAGGAGGAAGACCACUCCCUCCUGGCUCUCACUGAGACCCUGCUGGAGAAGGACACAGAAGAACAGCCUGAUCUCUGCUCCACUCUCCAGCACCUGGGGGUCACCGACCUCAGCCAGCGUCUGUGGGAAGAGAGCCUUCUCAGGGCUGACUCAGGCCCUGCAGGAUCUCAGAAUUGCCACCCACUACCACCCAGCCAGGGAGGGGGCGCCCACAGGGGAAAGGAAGUGCUUUUUCAUGACAGUGGGAAUGUGGCACUGCCCCCACCAUCCAGCACAACUGCGCCACAGACCCUGAAGCCACAGCCUUCACUGGGCUCGGGCCAGCUCAGCAUGGAAGUGACUCCACCUCAGCACAUGGGCACAGUGCCCGGCUACCUUCACACACACACCCAGCAUUUUCUCAUCUCUGGCCCCACACUCCAGAGUUCUCCACAGUGGCAGCUUCAGCACAGCCAGGAUAUGCCUUUGAAUUUCAGGAUAUGCCAGAAACCAACAAUAUUUGACCUCAGCCCCCUCCCUGAGGCCUCCAGCCCCAGCCAACCUGGCCAGGUGUUUCAGCCAAACCACACCUCUUCACUCCCUUUAGGAGAAAAUGUCCCUGGACACCUGGCUGACCCAGGUGCUCGUGUUCUGGAUUUUUGCAAAGAACCGGUGACCUGGACGGCCUCACACAGUGGCAUAGGCAGCAGCCAAGGCAAGAGCCCAGCUGAAGCCACAAUGCACAGCAAGGACAGAUGGGUCAUCGCAGCCCCAGGGGCUGUGGGGAGACCCCAGGUGCAGUCCAGCCUGACCCUGCCUCACUGCCCUCCUGACUCUGCCUGGCCACCUGCAUCUAUGCAGGGCAGCCGUGACAUCUAGCUCCAGCAGUGUGACCAAAACAAAGUGCACAGCACCAUAGCACUUGGGAUUCCAGGCCCAAAAGGAAGCACGUUUUCCUCCAAAUUCUGACUUAGAAAGACUGUAUUGUGCUUUUUGCCCCUGUCUGUGGACAUGAUCUGGAAUCUUAACUACUGACAUUUUCCCUGGAAUUGAAGUAUCUUAAAUUUUUCAUAUUGCUGGGUGAAUAUUUAACUUUUUUCUAUGUGUAUAAAUACACACUUAUCUGAAAGCUUAUUCUCUGGAUCCCAAAGGGGUGUGUGUGUGUGUGUGUGUGUGUGUGUGUGUGUGU